AACAUUGAAUGAACAGUUAUGAAUCUUACUAUGUGUUACUAUUACUAAUACCUUUACUAUAUUGGUUUUACUAUAAUGUUAAUUUUGCCUUUCUUUUCUUUCUUUUUUCAUUAAAAUCACUGCCAUCUAUCACUCAGUUUGCAAGUUGUCUCUUAUCUCUUUUUUGAACUGAACCCCUUGGUUUGUCGUGGAGUCUCUUUUUACUCUUUGUUUGCAACGCUUUUUUUCACAAAAUGUCUACCUACAAUGUAUCUGAUUUUUCUCAGGAAAUGAUAGGUUAUGGUGCUGGUGGUGCUCAUGGUGGUGGAGGUUAUGGAGCUGGUCCUCCACCAGCACCCGGUUAUGGCGCCGGUCCUGGUCCUGGUCCUGCACCAGCACCGGGUUAUGGCGCUGGUCCUGGUCCUGGUCCUGCACCAGCACCCGGUUAUGGUGCUGGUGCUGGUUCUGGUGGUUAUGGAUCUAGCUAUCCAAGUGGAGGUUCUGGAUCUAACUAUCCAAGUGGAGGUUCUGGAUCUAACUAUCCAAGUGGCGGUUCUGGAUCUAGCUAUCCAAGUGGCGGUUCUGGAUCUAGCUAUCAAAGUGCAGGUUAUGGAUCUAGCUAUUCAAGUGGUGGCUAUGGAUCUAGCUACCAAAGAUAAAAAGACUGGUAGAGAUAAAAUUUGGAUUUAUAGAGAUAAGGACUCUGGCCAAAGUAAAGGUGAAGCAACUGUGACUUACGAUGAUCCUCCAACUGCCAAUUCUUCAAUAUCAUGGUUUAAUGGUAAAGAAUUUAGGGGAAAUACAAUUAAAGUAGAAAUGGCCCAAAGAAAAGUUCCACCAGGUGGAUUUAGUCGUGGUGGAGGUAGAGGCGGUGGUGGCGGCCGUGGUCGAGGUUCUAUGGGAGGCGGGUUUGGUCGCGGAGGUGGCUCAGGACCUGGAGGACCAGGUGGCGGAGGAAGAGAUGGAGACUGGAACUGUCCCGACCCUAGUUGUGGUAAUAAUAACUUUGCCUGGAGAUCAGAAUGUAAUCGAUGUCAAGCUCCUAAGCCAGGAGGCGGGGGCGGAGGUGGUCGCGGUGGAAUGAGCCGCGGUGGAAUGGGAGGACGAGGAGGCUUUGCUUCCAGAGACGGAGACAUGGGAGGAGGACGAGGAGGUUCCUCUUCCAGAGAUGGAGAUAUGGGAGGAGGACGAGGUCGCGGCGAUGGCUCUAGAGGCCGAGGAGGUAGCGAUGGCUUCAGAGGGCGAGGUGGCAGCGACGGCUCUAGAGGACGAGGCGGAAUCGAUGGCUCUAGAGGGCGAGGUGGCGGUCCACCUAUGAGAGGUCGAGGUGGACCUAUGCGCAGGGGUCAUGAUAGACGUCCGGGUCCAUACUAAUUAAUCUUUUGAUAAAUUUUUUUUUCAACACAAUUUCAUCUGUAAUCAUAUGAUCAAGUUUAACUUUUUUCAUCCUUUUUUGUCUAUAAUUUCUCUUAUAUGGAAUGACAAUUGACAUAAACAUAAUAAACAUUUCAUUUACUCCUUGACAAUAGUCUGGGAAUCGAAA